CGCAGUAAUAGGGCAGUGACGUCGCCGAGUGUCCUGACGUGCGCGCCUCCCCAGUGCCCGGUGCACAGUGACGCGCCUGCUGCUCCGUGACUGGCUGAUCGCAAGAUGGCGGCCUGCGGACGUGUCCGGCUGUGGUGCUGGCUGGCGGCGAGCGCGGUGCUGGCUCUGCUCGUGUGUACGAGGGUCGGGGCCCAAGGAGCGGGGCCGGAGCCGGCGGCUGUGGGGGUGGCGGCGGCUCAGCCUGCGGCCUCCCAGCCCCGCAGACUCCCCGGCAUCAGGCUGAUCGAGGAAGAGGCCUGCCGGGAGGACAUCACCCGCAUCUGCCCCAAGAACUCCUGGAACAACAACCUGGCCGUGCUGGAGUGUCUGCAGGACGUGCGGGAGGCGGACAACGAGAUUUCCUCGGACUGUAACCAUCUUCUGUGGAACUUUAAAUUCAACCUGACAAAAGAUAUCAAGUUCGAGAAUGUGGCCAAAGAGAUCUGCAAGUCCACUCUAACUGGGCUGAAGGAAUGCGCAGAGGAGACUCCUGGGAAGGGUUACGUGGUCUCCUGUUUGGUGGAUCAUCGUGCAAAUAUCACAGAAUACCAGUGCCACCAGUAUAUCACCAAAAUGACCGCCAUCAUAUACAGCGAUUUCCGCCUGAUCUGUGGAUUUAUGGAGGACUGCAGGACUGAGAUAAAUACCCUGAAGUGCGGCAGUAUCCGACCUGGAGAGAAGGACCCUCACUCUCAGGGGGAGGUGGUCUCUUGUCUGGAGAAGGCCAUUGUGAAGGAAGCAGAGGAGACAGAUCCCCAGAUCGGCAUAUCUGAUAAGUGCAAACAGUCCAUACUGCGUGUAGCUGAGCUCUCGUCAGAUGACUUCCAUCUGGACCGACACUUGUACUUCGCCUGUAGAGAUGAUCGAGAGCGAUUCUGUGAAACUGUCCAGGCUGGCGAAGGAAGGGUUUACAAGUGUCUGUUCAACCACAAGUUUGAGGAGUCGAUGAGUGAGCGGUGCCGCGAUGCCCUCACCACACGUCAGAAGCUCAUCGCUCAGGACUACAAGGUCAGUUACUCGCUGGCUAAGUCGUGUAAGGCAGAUCUGAAGAAGUAUCGCUGUAAUGUGGAGAAUCAUCCCCGCUCCAGGGAGGCCCGGCUCUCCUAUCUGCUGCUGUGCCUGGAGUCUGCUGUACACAGAGGUCGCCAAGUGAGCAGCGAGUGCCAAGGAGAGAUGCUUGAUUACCGGCGCAUGUUAAUGGAGGACUUCUCUCUCAGCCCGGAGAUCAUCCUGAGCUGUCGUGGGGAGAUCGAGCACCACUGCUCUGGUCUGCACAGGAAGGGACGCACCCUGCACUGCCUGAUGAAGGUUGUGCGUGGAGAGAAGGGGAAUAUUGCAGAAAAGUGUCAGCAGGCGUUGCAGACAUUGGUGCAGGAGACAGACCCCGCCUCAGAUUAUCGUAUAGACCGCGCCCUGAAUGAAGCCUGCGAAUCUGUCAUCCAGACCGCCUGCAAGCACAUCCGCUCUGGGGAUCCAAUGAUCCUGUCAUGUCUUAUGGAGCACUUGUAUACAGAGAAGAUGGUGGAGCAGUGUGAGCACCGUCUGCUGGAGCUGCAGUACUUCAUCUCCCGGGACUGGAAGUUGGAUCCCGUUUUGUACAGGAAAUGUCAGGGAGACGCCUCGCGGUUGUGUUAUGCCCAUGGCUGGAAUGAGACUAGCGAUAAUAUACCGACAGGAGCCAUCUUCUCCUGCUUGUAUCGGCAUGCAUACCGCACAGAGGAGCAGGGUCGCAGGUUGUCGCGUGAGUGCCGCGCCGAAGUGCAGCGUAUUCUUCAUCAGAGGGCGCUGGAUGUGAAGCUGGACCCCGCCAUGCAGGCAAAAUGCAUGACUGAGCUGGGAAAAUGGUGCAAUGAGAAGACUGAGACAGGACAGGAACUGGAGUGUUUGCAGGAUCACUUGGAAGAACUGGUACCAGAAUGCAGGGAGAUAGUGGGGAACCUGACCGAGCUGGAGUCGGAGGACAUCCAGAUAGAAGCUCUUCUAAUGAGAGCGUGUGAGCCCAUCAUUCAAGGAUACUGCCAUGAGGUGGCCGAUAACCAGAUCGACUCAGGAGAUCUCAUGGAGUGUUUAAUCCAGAACAAGCAUCAGAAGGAGAUGAAUGAGAAGUGCGUGGUGGGCGUCACCCACUUCCAGCUGAUACAAAUGAAAGAUUUCCGCUUCUCUUACAAGUUUAAGAUGGCCUGCAAGGAGGAUGUUCUGAAACUCUGCCCCAACAUAAAGCAGAAGGUGGACGUUGUCAUCUGUCUCAGCACCACAGUCCGUAACGAUACGCUGCAGGACCUGAAGGAGCAAAGGGUGUCCUUAAAGUGCCGCAAGCAGCUGAGAGUCGAGGAGCUGGAGAUGUCAGAGGAUAUCCGCUUAGAACCAAAGCUCUACGACUCCUGCAAAAGCGACAUAGCUGCCCUCUGCCCAAGUGUGCCCUUUGGAAAUGCUCAGAUUAUUGAGUGUCUCAAAGAAAAUAAGAAGCAGCUGAGCUCUUCUUGUCAUCAGAAAGUCUUCAAGCUCCAGGAGACGGAGAUGAUGGAUCCUGAACUUGAUUACACACUCAUGAGGGUCUGCAAACAGAUGAUUAAGAGAUUUUGCAGUGAAACAGACCCCAAGAACAUCCUGCUAUGUCUGAAGAAUAACAAGAACACCGAGACCAUGGACCCCAAAUGUAAACAGAUGAUCACAAAGCGGCAGAUCACACAGAAUACAGAUUAUCGCCUGAAUCCUGUGCUCCGCAAAUCCUGCAAAGCGGAUAUCCCCAAAUUCUGCCAGUCCAUUCUAAACGAUGCCAAAGACGACACUGAGCUGGAAGGCAAAGUCAUCUCCUGCCUGAAGCUGAAAUAUGCCGACCAGCGUCUGUCUCAAGACUGUGAGGAUCAGAUUCAGGUAAUAAUCCAGGAGACGGCGCUGGAUUACCGGCUUGAUCCUCAGCUGCAGAUGCAAUGUUCUGAAGAGAUUAAUACACUGUGCGGGGAGGAGGCUGCAGCGCAAGAGCCGACAGGUCAGGUGGAAGAAUGUCUGAAAAUGAACCUGCUGAAAAUAAAGGCUCCUCUUUGCAAGAAGGAGGUUCUGAACAUGCUGAAGGAGAGUAAAGCAGACAUCUUUGUGGAUCCCGUACUGCACACUGCCUGCGCGCUGGAUAUUAAGCAUCACUGUGCCGCCAUCCCGCCAGGCAAAGGACGCCAGAUGUCCUGCUUAAUUGAAGCGUUGCAGGAUAAGAUGGUUCGGCUGCAGCCAGAGUGCAAGAAGAGACUGCAGGACCGGCUGGAUAUGUGGAGUUAUGCAGCCAAGGUGGCCCCGGCUGAUGGAUUUUCAGAUUUGGCAAUGCAAGUGAUGACCUCUCCAUCCAAGAACUACAUCCUAUCAAUCAUUAUGGUGGGAGUUUGCAUCUUAUUCUUUGGAGGCCUUCUGUGUGGGCGCAUCACCAAGAAGGUGACACGAGAGAUGAAGGACAGGUAAAGCAGAAGACCCCCUCCUACACCCCUCAGCAACAGCUUUGAGAAGCAGGGGGCUCUGGGGAGGGAGGACGGCCCUGUGUCCAUGUGUACAGCUCUCUCAUGCAGCCUGAUCCCAUCUUCCUCCUCCCCUCCACUCCUUCCAGUGCUGUUGAAUCUGAAGGGAGAGAUGGAAGCAACUGCGGGGUCCCCUCUCCCCUUUUAGUUCAAGCAUCCCAUCUCCCCUGCUUCAUCCAUUCUGUCCUGAUCAAGACCUCCAAAACAUGGCUACUGUAACCAGAGACUGCAGGCCUUACUCCGCUGCACAGCCCCGUCUCCUAGUGCCGUUUUGCUUUAUGUGGACUCCUUUUUUUUUUUCUUUUCUUCUUCUUCUUUUGGGUGGGGGGGUAGAGAGGAGACUGGGAUUAUUUUAACAAUACGCCUCCUGAGUUGGAAGCAGUGCCUCAGCCACUUUGCAUACCCCAUUAUGAGAUGUGGAAGAGCUUUUGGAGACUGAGCACUUUCAGAAGCUGUCUGUCUGAGCCUGGAGGUCUGCAAAGAUGGAUCCGUGCGCCUGGCUCUUCCCAGCGCCGUGUACACAACGGCUCAGAAGAGGGCACCAAGAGAUUUCACCAGUGUAACCCACUCAUCGGCUGCUCAGAAAGUAUGUGACCCCAGCAGGAAGGAGGCAGCUAGGACACUGGUUCUCCUCCAUGCUGGUCCAGAGAAGCAGACACUUCAUCCGCUCCCGUCAUGACCUUGCUUUGUCUUAAUCUGACUUGUGUUUCUCCUGCUCCUCUCAUUGUGAAACGUCUAAUAUUUAUCGGGUUUUUUUUUUUGGGUUUUUUUAACUCUUAUUUUGCUUGUUGUGGCGCUGCCGUCUGGUUCCACGGAAUGACUGAGUCUCCCCCCUCCCCCACAGCAGCCCAGGCAUCUAAGGGUUACACGUACGGACACUGGAUGAUUGCACUACUGCACCCGCCUCUCAUGCUCUGCUAGUCCAGAUGGAGCCUUGCAGGGUGUUGUGUUUGGGCUCAGUGCGUACCCCCGUGUAAAAUGUGAACACAACCAGCCUGCCCGUGGUAGGGGUGCAGCUGAUACGAUGCCCUAUAGCUGUGGGGGAAGGGGGACAUACAGGGCAAAUUUUUAGAUUCUGUGGCUUUUUCCUGAAUGUGACCUGUUUCAGCAUUGACGGUUAUUGCUCCUCUAUAAGUGCGCUUUCCUCUGAUGACCUCGUUGCUUAACCCUUUGUCUUCCAGGAUAGCCCUUGGUUUCUCUGUUUUUUCUUUCCCCUUUUGCAGAGGGGUCCCUCCAUCGGUGCACCCUCUGCAACCAGAGAUUUUCAGAAAACAUUCCACUCUGCUCAGUAUAGCCAGCGCCACAGCUACGGCCAUCACCCCACCCGCUAUAGGACCUGGAUGAGGCUAUGCAGACAAGGCCGCCAUGCCCUGUCUAUUGCAGGGCUGCACUGGGGCUAGCACCCUGGGCAGCUGCUGCUGUAUGAUAUGGCGUGAUCCAGGGUGGUGCCGUCGCCUCCAGUGGAAACUUUUCACCAGUUGUUUUCUUUUCAUCAGCUACAAGAAAAUGUACCGAUAACUGCACCCAAGCCUGCAGCAUAGUCCGACACUCCAAGCAAACCCCCUACUCAUUAAAGCCAGGACUGCAACCACAGACCACCCCAGACCCCGUAACCGGCUUUAACUCCAUCAGUCCUGUACUGCCGUACUGGUUGUGCAAUAUACACUGGAGCUAAGCCUGCUGUGCACAGGGAACCAGUCGCUUCCACAUAACGAGUACAUUUUCUUUCUGUAAAUGGUUUUCCCCUUGUGUAUAGAUGACGUCAUUCUCAUCAUGCUGUGUCAUAUUGAAAUGUUACCGAUGUUUAAGGAAAAAUGUGCAUUUUUUUUUUUUUCUGUACAGAAAAUGGGAAGAUUUAAUAAAAAACAAAAAUGCUACCUA